AUGCCAUCGAUCCCCCUUCAUCCUACACCAUCAACCCCACACGAAACCCCUGAACAAAACCCACUUCCGCAACUCCUUCAAACACCCUCCGGGCUGGCACUGCUCGAAAUCCAGGGAACAAUCAACAUGCCAGCCCCCUCAGCCCCACUAGAAGAAGAAGAAAGAACUGGGGACAACAUGGAAAUCGACCACUCAAUCUCACACGAGACACCAGUCGGGCGUCUUGUCUUUCCAGACAUUAUGACCGAAAACGACAAGAAAAAUAACUCCAAGUCACAACGUGUAUAUCUAUACGUGGGGAAACAUCAGCGACUUACGGGUACAUUGAAGAAGCUACCUAAACCGUUGGGAGUCAUUAGGCGAAGGAAUCGAAGGGAGAAAGACGCGGGUAAUGGAGAGUGGGUGGGUGAGGAGUUAGAGAUCGUGGAUAUCGUCGAGUGGAAGCUAUUGUUCUCGAACAGACCGGAGCCAGUUUCAGAAGAUUGA